UAACCCAAUUCCUCGUUUUCUCCCUUCAUCCCUCCUCAUCGACUGUCUUCCCCAGUCUCUUCCACCGAACCCCUACAUUCCUCCAUUUCCUACUCCGACCUCUAUCAACUCAGUUUUUCUCUCACUCAAGACCCUCAGCUACCUUUCACAAUGCGCGAGAUUGUUCACCUUCAGACUGGUCAGUGUGGUAACCAAAUUGGUGCCGCUUUCUGGCAGACUAUCUCUGGCGAGCACGGCCUUGAUGGCUCCGGUGUUUACAAUGGCUCCUCCGAUCUCCAGCUGGAGCGCAUGAACGUCUACUUCAACGAGGCUAGCGGCAACAAGUAUGUUCCUCGUGCCGUCCUCGUCGAUCUCGAGCCCGGUACCAUGGACGCCGUCCGUGCCGGUCCUUUCGGCCAGCUUUUCCGCCCCGACAACUUCGUCUUCGGUCAGUCCGGUGCUGGUAACAACUGGGCCAAGGGUCACUACACUGAGGGUGCCGAGCUUGUCGACCAGGUUGUUGAUGUUGUCCGUCGCGAGGCUGAGGGCUGUGAUUGCCUCCAGGGUUUCCAGAUCACCCACUCCCUCGGUGGUGGUACUGGUGCCGGUAUGGGUACUCUCUUGAUCUCCAAGAUCCGUGAGGAAUUCCCCGACCGUAUGAUGGCUACCUUCUCCGUUGUUCCCUCUCCGAAGGUCUCCGACACCGUUGUUGAGCCUUACAACGCUACGCUCUCCGUCCACCAGCUCGUUGAACACUCCGACGAGACUUUCUGUAUCGAUAACGAGGCUUUGUACGACAUCUGCAUGCGCACGCUCAAGCUCUCCAACCCCUCCUACGGUGACCUUAACCACCUGGUCUCUGCCGUCAUGUCCGGCGUGACCACCUGCCUUCGUUUCCCCGGUCAGCUCAACUCCGACCUCCGCAAGCUGGCUGUCAACAUGGUUCCUUUCCCUCGUCUGCACUUCUUUAUGGUCGGCUUCGCUCCUCUGACCAGCCGUGGCGCUCACUCUUUCCGCGCUGUCUCCGUUCCCGAGUUGACCCAGCAGAUGUUCGAUCCCAAGAACAUGAUGGCUGCUUCUGACUUCCGUAACGGACGUUACCUCACCUGCUCCGCCAUCUUCCGUGGACGUGUCUCCAUGAAAGAGGUUGAGGAUCAGAUGCGCAACAUCCAGAGCAAGAACCAGACCUACUUCGUCGAGUGGAUUCCCAACAACAUCCAGACUGCUCUUUGCUCUAUUCCUCCUCGUGGUCUCAAGAUGUCCUCCACCUUCAUCGGUAACUCUACUUCUAUCCAGGAGCUCUUCAAGCGUGUCGGUGAUCAGUUCACUGCUAUGUUCCGUCGCAAGGCUUUCUUGCACUGGUACACUGGCGAGGGCAUGGACGAGAUGGAAUUCACUGAGGCUGAAAGCAACAUGAACGAUCUCGUCUCCGAAUACCAGCAAUACCAGGACGCCUCUAUUUCCGAGGGCGAGGAAGAGUAGUAAGUUUCUCGACCGUCGAAUUCCGUCUAACUGCGCUAACUUUGUCACAGCCCCGAGGAGGAGAUCCUUGAGGGUGAGGAGUAAACUUUUGGCUGUCGAGUAUGACACAAAUCGGGACG